AUGAAUGGUUAUGCGGUGUCACGGGCCUCGUUCUCCCACGAGGAGAAGCUAUCUCUCAUCGACGACAGAUCUUUAUCGGACGUAGAAAGCGAGAGCGCCCGCAUAGAUCUCGAGGGCCGCUUUUCGACGAUACAAUGGGCCGCUACGGCAAAGAGCUACUGCAACGGCCUGCGUCUAUCAUCAUGGAGCUCGAUGAUGCUAAGGACGGGCAUGUUCCUCCUACCCAGUUUUAUCCAACAUCGAUGUGCCCGUGAACGGUUCCGAACAGAGAAGCUUCACCCUACCGCCUACCUCGACGGCAUGCGAGGCCUAGCCGCAUUAUUUGUCUUUUUCUGCCACUACUUCUACACGGCCUUCAAGAUAGCAGAAGGCUGGGGCCACGAUGGCGUCAACUACGAAAUAUGGAGGCUCCCGUUCGUUAGGCUACUAUACAGCGGACCGUCCAUGGUCUGUAUCUUUUUUGUCAUAUCAGGAUACGCCCUGUCCCUUAAGCCAUUAAAACAAACUCGAAGUCGUUCCUUUGAUGGUUUCUCGAGAACCAUGACUUCAUUCGUCUUUCGUCGAUUUUUCCGCUUAUACCUCCCACCACUUAUUUCGACAUUCGGCGUAUUAAUCUUACUUCGUCUCGGCAUCUACGAGAUGACUAGAGACUUCGCCAGCGACCGGGACUACAUGCAUAAUGUGAUAGAGCACCAUCCCGUUCUGGAAGAGACCCUACGUAAACAGCUACGGCAUUGGGUAGGAGAGAUGUACAACUUCGUGCACGUCUGGGGCUGGGAGAAGUUCGGCGGCGCGACUGGCUAUGACGUUCACCUAUGGACGAUCCCCGUGGAGUUCCGGUGCUCGAUGAUGCUGUUCCUCGUGAUGUUUGGCACCGCUAGACUGCGAACAGGUAUACGGUUUCUUUGCGUGGCCCUCCUUAUGUGGUUUGUCCUCCGCAGCGAUAAGUGGGAAAUGUUCCUAUUCCUAUGGGGUAUGACGCUCGCCGAAUUGGAUCUCAUCAGGGGCGCCCACGAACCGAACUCGACUCAACCAACUUCUACUCCCGAACCGCUACUCCCGCUCGAAAAAGUGCCCACUACCGCUCCCGAAAAGCGAAAAGCAUGUAACUACUUAUGGACACUCCUCUCUAUUCCGGCCCUAUACCUAAUGUCCGAGCCGGACGCGGGGACGGACGGUAACCCCGGUUGGGAGUCUCUCGGGGCGUAUGUUCCGGAAUGGUUCUCAGACAAGUACCGAUACUACCAGAUGAUCGGGUCGAUCAUAUUCGUAUUCUGCACGGCACGUUCGGUUUCGUGGCAACGGUUUUUCAACUCAGCCGUGGUACAGUACUUCGGCCGCAUCAGCUACGCCAUAUACCUAAUGCACGGACCCGUCACGCAUACCGUAGGCUACAUGGUUGAGGAAUGGGCCUACGACCUCACCGGCACCGAGGGCGCCGCGUAUAACUGGGGCGCCGUGCUCGCAGGCGCUAUUAAUAUCCCACUUGUCAUUUGGGCCGCGGAUGUCUUUUGGAGGGCGGUGGAUGCGCCGACGGUUCGGUUCACGAAGUGGCUGGAGACUAAGCUGUCGAUCGAGGAUUGA